AUGAAGUUCACCACCUAUGCCUCUGUCAGCCUGGAUCUCAUCUUCAUCAUCCUUGUGAUAGUCCUGAAUGGAUUCAUCAUUGACCUCCUCUGGAGGCAAAGGAGAAAGAUAAGGGCUGCCUGCACCACAGGGAGCACUUGGAACAAGCGCACGGCUCAGGCAACCAAGGUCUUGCUCUCACUGCUUUCCAUUUAUGUUGUCUGCUGGCUCUCCAACGACAUCACCUGGAUUGCUCUUGUUUCAGGACUCCUUAAGCACAAUUUUGAGAACAGCAUUCUCAGAGGUCUCUACAGAGUGCUGUCGUGCAUCUAUUACUCAUCCAGUUCCUAUGUCAUUGUGUUUGGUUACAAGAAAGUCAGACAAUACCUCACUGAAGCCUGCUGGUGCCUGAGAUGUGAGAAGCCUACCAUUGUCCAGACUGAUGAGGAACACCAGCAAAAUGUAGCAGCAGCAGUGGCCAGGCCUCGGCCCCAUGCUGAAGAGCGGGGAGAUGGCAUGCCAAGGCGCCGGAGGAACAUGGGAAACCGGAUGAUGGCCCAGAGGAGAGCACAGCAGGCGGAAGACUGGGUGGAAGAGGAAGAUGAUGCUGAGGAGGUGCCAGAAUUUCAGGUGUCUGGGAAAAUUGGAGCAAAGAAGCAGAGGAAAUUAGAAGAGAAACAAGCCAGAAAAGCACAGAGAGAGGCUGAAGAAGCAGAACGAGAAGAACGGAAAAAACUUGAGUCAAAAAGAGAGGAGGAAAGGCGGAAAGAAGAGGAGAGAAUACGUCUUGAGGAAGAACGACAGGAAGAGGAAAAAAGGAAGGCCAAGGAAGAAGAGGAGAAGAGGGAGUAUGAAGAGUACUUGAAGCUGAAGGAAAGUUUUGUAGUUGAAGAGGAAGGGGUUGAAGAAUCAAUGACAGAGGAAGAGUCUCGCAGCUUUCUAAUGGAAUUUCUUGAAUACGUUAAGAAAACAAAGGUAAUCCAGCUGGAGGACUUGGCUUCACAUUUGGGUUUAAGAACACAGGAUGCAAUUAACAGAAUCCAGGACCUGAUGGCAGAUGGCACUCUAACAGGUGUGAUUGAUGACAGAGGAAAGUUCAUCUACAUCACUCCAGAGGAGAUGGCUGCCGUGGCUCAGUAUAUCAAACAGAGAGGACGAGUAUCUAUCGCAGAGCUGGCGCAAGCAAGCAAUUCCCUGAUCAACCUCCAGCCUGAGAGCCAAGCUGUUGCUCCAACCGUGGCGUGAAAUUGUGGCGUGAGAAAAAUACAGCAGGAGUUUAACCUUCUAAUGAAUAAGCCACAUAAUUAAAAAUAAACAAGAACCCCUCUAGUCCGUUCACUGUGCUUGAAGAUAGGAUGUUCUUUUUAAGCAUCAGCUG